AUGGCGACGCACGAGCGGAAGACGAUCGAUCUGGAGCAGGGGUGGGAGUUCAUGCAGAAGGGCAUCACCAAGCUCAAGAACAUCCUCGAGGGCAAGCCCGAGCCGCAGUUCAGCUCUGAGGACUACAUGAUGCUCUAUACGACGAUUUACAACAUGUGCACGCAGAAGCCGCCGCAUGACUACUCCCAGCAGCUCUACGAGAAGUACCGCGAAUCAUUCGAGGAAUAUAUCACAUCCAUGGUCUUACCUUCACUUAGGGAGAAGCAUGACGAGUUUAUGUUGAGAGAGCUUGUAAAAAGGUGGUCAAACCAUAAAGUAAUGGUUCGGUGGCUGUCACGCUUCUUCCAUUAUCUUGAUCGUUACUUCAUUUCCCGAAGAUCACUGCCACCGCUUAGAGAAGUCGGGCUUAGUUGUUUCAGAGACUUGGUAUAUCAAGAGAUCAAAGGAAAAGUAAAAAGUGCUGUGAUAUCUUUGAUUGACCGAGAACGUGAGGGUGAACAAAUAGAUAGGGCACUAUUGAAGAAUGUCCUCGAUAUAUUUGUUGAAAUUGGUUUGGGUAGUAUGGAGUGCUAUGAAAAUGAUUUUGAAGAUUUCUUGCUCAAAGAUACUGCCGAUUACUACUCUAUCAAAGCCCAAUCCUGGAUCCUUGAGGAUUCUUGUCCAGAUUACAUGCUAAAGGCUGAAGAAUGCCUGAAAAGGGAAAAGGAACGAGUUUCUCACUAUUUGCAUUCUAGCAGUGAGCAGAAGUUAUUGGAGAAAGUGCAGCAUGAACUGCUAACUCAGUAUGCUAGCCAACUCUUGGAGAAGGAGCAUUCUGGAUGUCAUGCACUACUUCGUGACGACAAGGUUGAGGAUCUGUCUAGGAUGUAUAGGCUCUUUUCCAGAAUAACACGUGGCCUAGAACCCGUUUCUCAGAUAUUUAAGCAGCAUGUUACUAACGAGGGCACAGCUUUAGUCAAGCAAGCAGAAGAUGCUGCUAGUAAUAAAAAGCCAGAGAAGAAGGACAUGGUUGGUUUACAAGAACAGAUUUUUGUUCGGAAAAUUAUUGAGCUUCAUGACAAGUAUGUAGCAUAUGUUACAGAGUGUUUCCAGGGCCACACGCUCUUUCAUAAGGCCCUUAAAGAGGCUUUUGAGGUUUUCUGCAACAAAGGUGUUUCUGGUAGUUCAAGUGCUGAAUUGCUAGCCACCUUUUGUGAUAAUAUAUUAAAGAAAGGUGGCAGUGAAAAGCUUAGCGAUGAAGCAAUUGAAGAUACCCUUGAGAAGGUGGUAAGGUUGCUUGCGUACAUUAGUGAUAAGGAUUUGUUUGCUGAAUUUUACAGGAAGAAGCUCGCGAGGAGAUUGCUUUUUGACAAGAGUGCUAAUGAUGAGCAUGAAAGAAGCAUCCUGACCAAACUAAAACAACAGUGUGGAGGGCAAUUCACUUCAAAAAUGGAGGGCAUGGUUACUGAUCUCACUGUUGCAAGAGACCAUCAAACAAAAUUUGAAGAGUUCAUAAGCAGCCAUCUGGAGCUGAAUCCUGGAAUAGACUUAGCUGUCACUGUUCUGACAACAGGAUUUUGGCCGAGCUACAAAUCUUUUGAUAUAAAUCUGCCUUCUGAAAUGGUGAAAUGUGUAGAGGUUUUCAAAGAGUUUUACCAAACAAGAACAAAGCACAGGAAGCUUACCUGGAUAUAUUCCCUUGGAACCUGUAAUAUCAGUGCUAAGUUUGAAGCCAAAACUAUUGAGCUCAUUGUUACAACUUAUCAGGCUGCACUGCUGCUACUAUUUAAUGGGGCUGACCGGCUUAGCUAUUCUGAGAUUGUGACACAGCUAAAUCUCUCAGAUGAUGAUGUUGUUCGGCUUCUCCAUUCACUUUCUUGUGCAAAGUACAAGAUUCUUAACAAAGAACCAAAUAACAGAUCUAUAGCACCAAAUGACGUCUUUGAGUAUAAUUCAAAAUUUACUGACAAGAUGCGAAGAAUAAAGAUACCUCUUCCUCCAGUUGAUGAGAAGAAGAAAGUAGUUGAAGAUGUUGACAAGGAUCGUAGAUAUGCAAUUGAUGCAUCCAUUGUCCGCAUUAUGAAAAGCCGGAAAGUUUUGGGCCAUCAACAGCUUGUAAUGGAAUGUGUGGAACAGCUUGGUCGCAUGUUCAAGCCUGACUUCAAGGCAAUAAAGAAGCGGAUUGAGGACCUUAUCACAAGGGAUUAUUUGGAAAGGGAUAAAGAUAACCCAAAUGUGUACAGAUACUUGGCUUGA